AUGGCGGUCGUUUUACCUUUACCGAUCACAGUUAAAGUUAAAUUAAAACAUCUUUUUCUCGUAGAAUUUGACAACUUGUUCCAUCCUAAUCAUGAUGUUCGUCAAGAUUUCUUCAUAAAAGAAGAGUACCAUUAUCUAAACGUGUCUAAAGUUGGAACAUUCACAGUGUAUGACAACCUUGACUGCACUUUUGAAUGUCGCGGUAAUCCUUUCUGUUUGUCCAUCAACCUGGCCGCUUACAAAGGAGCAGAUGGAAAGUUGCAGUGUCAGUUGCUGUCUUCAGAAAAGUUCAGGUUGCACGAGGAGUAUAAAAGACACAAUAGUUGGCAUCAUUUCUUCGUUAAGGUGCACUAUGGAAAUAUUAAAGACUAAAGAACACACUGCGUAACACUCACUACCUACAUGUACAUUUAGCAAAAGCUUAAAGAGACAGCCAUUGUGGGACGCUAGAUACUGUUACAUUUUAAUCAAAAAACGUUUUUUCUACUGCAUGAGUUACGUAUAUAUACAACUGUUAACAAAAGCACAGCGACGAAGAAAAAUAUUAUAUGUGAAAAUCUAAUUUUAGAUGAAGGGUGCGAAAUACCAAAAUGCAAAAAUGGUCAACAUACAGUUGCACAUUUCAGAGAAUUUAAUUUGAUUAAUGAAUACUUUCAGUCAAUCAAUUCAGAUGUAACAAAUUUCACAUCGCCACACAAAAUAACUGCUCCAUGAUUUUAAUACGAAGGAAAAAUUAUAGCGAGUUUUGCUUGAAAUUAUUAUGUGUAAUAAGCAGAUAAAGAUGACUUUGUUCUUACAGACUCUAUGUGUGCUUUCACCAUGCCUAAACGGAGGAACCUGCUUGCCAAACUACAAAUAUCGCACGUCUAUCUGCCUUUGUAUUGAAGGAUCUGUCGGUGAAUUUUGCGAAAUAGGUAACUAUAACCCACAGGGCCCAGUUGUUUAAAAGGUGGAUGUGUCCGCUGAAUCAUCCAGUGGCCAUGAGUAACGCAAUUGUUUUCUCUAGAACUCAUAGUACAGUGCAUGCAUGCUGAUUUAUCCAGUGAAAUAUUAUUAUUCAUCGCUUGAACAACCGGGGCCUCAUGUAUAACUUCGUAUACAGAAACUAAAACAGUCGGGUAGGUAGAGGUGUACGGUCAAAAAUGAAAUAAAGUAAAUAUAUAUGGAAGUGAUUAAAAGAAAAAGCAAAUAAAAAGGUAAAUAUUCCAAAACACAUUUAAAAAAGGUAUUUUAGGUAUUUUUAGGUAUUUUUAUUUAUUUGCCACACAAUUACAUUACUUAAAGAUGCCAAAAGAAAAAAAAAAAAAAUGUAGGAAGAGAUGGCGAGGAGGCCUAAAAGAAACUAUAGAGCUUAUGUUAAUUAGGCCUCCUCAAUUACAAUUUUUCGAAGAUGGCAUAAAAAUUACGGCGACGGGUACAGUAUAAUAUCAGGUGAAAAAUUAAACUAAUCAAUAUUACGGAAGUUUACAUGUACAAAUGUUGAAUACUAAAAGGCUUUUUCCCAAGAUUUUUGUUGAAGUAUACUAAUAAUUAUUACAAAUAAAUGCCUUAAGUGCUUUUUUAAAGGAGAAAGGUGAGGAAGCGUUGAUGAUGUUGGUGUUUAAGGUGUUGUAAAAUUUAGGUCCUUGAUAAAAAACGGAAAAUUGCUUGGUUCGAGUACGACAGAAAGGCAGACGAAAUUUACACGAGUUUCUUGUAUUAUACGAAUGAAUUUGACUUUGUAAGGUAAAUUUACAAUGAAAUUUUAAAGGUAGAGUAUGGUUUUGAUAGGAGUACAUGAAUAAGCCUAGUUGUAUUAAGUAUAUAUCAUGAAAUUUUAAGAUACCAAGAUUUUGAAAGAUUGGAUCAGUAUGUGCAUCGAAAGUGGUUUUAGCUAUAGUUCUGAUCACUCGUUUCUGUAAAAUCUCAAGACGAAUAAGGUUAGUUCUGUAAGUAGAGGCCCAAACUAAGUUGCAGUAAAAAAGGUAUGGAUAGACUAGAGAAAAAUAUAGUGUUCGUAAGGUUUUCGUGGAUAAAUAGAAACUGGAUUUACGAAUAAUUCCUGUGCAUUUAGAAACUUUAUUGGCGACAUGUGAGAUUUCAGAUUUCCAAUUUAAAUUUUCGUCCAUGAUUACUCCCAGGAAAACUGUUUCUUUUACUUGAUCAAUUUUUUGACUAUUAAUUAAAAGUUGAAUAGUUUGAUUUGUACGCUUUUGGGAUGGUUAAAAAUGCAAUGAAUUUGGUUUUUUCAAGUUUAAUGAAAGCCUGUUAGCUCUAAACCAUAUUGACAACUUAUUUAGUUCAGCGUUAAGUAUAUUAGUAAGGCAGUCUUUAUCCUUGUGAGACACAAAUACGUUUGUAUCAUCGGCAAAUAGUAUCAGUUGUAAUAUUGUUGACGUGUUGAUUAUAUCGUUGAUGUAGAGUAGAAAAAACAAAGGCCCUAGUAUUGAACCUUGGGGAACGCCACACAUGAUAUUAGCACGAUACGAAACAUAACCAUUGUAUUCUACAAAUUGAAGUCUGUUGGAAAAAUAGUUCUUAAUCCAUUUCAGAGCCAAGCCACGUAUACCAUAGUGUUCAAGUUUAUCAAAUAAGAUGGAAUGAUUGACUGUAUCGAAAGCUUUCGAGAGAUCUAAAAAGACACCAACCACUAAUUCACCACGAUCAAAAGAGAAAAGCCCUGAGAAAAUGGUUCAGUUAAAUUCAAAAUUUCUCUUAAUAUACUUUACAUUUGCAUCAACUCCAAUGUUAUAUUUGUCUUUCGAUUACCAAGGUGGAAAAGAAAGCCAGCAGGAGCAACUUUUUCAAGUUCGACUAGAUAUCGCAAAAUGACCAAAAGAUAACAUUCUUUAACAUAAAGACUUCUGCUCUUAAGCCAUCAUUGUACUUAAUCGAAAAUAAAAUACAAACAGUGGUGAUAAACAAUGCGAACUUUCGCAUUUUACAUAAACUUGACCAGGUUUGGUAAUUUGCUAACGUACGUUAAUCUUUCAAAAGUGAUCAAAAGUGACCGUUACAGAUCGACUACGACAAAACUAUUUAUACAAAAUUGACAGGGAGUCUGUGAACGAGAUUUGUAAUAUUCUUAGGAUUUCGUAAAAUAGUUUUGUAUCGUUCUAUGACAGUCAUGUUGAUCACUUUUGAAUUUAUGUUGACACAAGACAUGCGAAACGCCAAUUUUAUAUUAGAAUGGGAAAGUUCACAAAUGUUUAUCACCACUGUUUUCAUUUUAUUUUUUAUUGAGACCAUUCUUACGGUUUCUCUUUGACUAUGACCUGGCCUGCAGCAAUUGGGGAAUGAAAAAAUGAACUAAUUUUAAAAAAAGUACUUUUUAAUAAUUACUGGAAAAUUUAACUCAGUUACACAGUUCUUUCUUCUUUCUUUUCCAGCCGCAAAGUCAUGCAAAGACUUGUAUGAUCAUGCCAAGUAAGUAACAAAUAUAAACAUUUUGGAAUCCUGCUUCCGCUUCCUCGUUACUGCUUCACAAGCGUGGGGAGGGGGGUGGGGGUUUACUCCCUUACGCAAGCCAUGUAGAUAUGUGCCGCCCAGAGCAUCGAUAUAGUUUUUGCUUCGUUUUGAUCUGAAAACUUACUAGUUUAGACUUUGCCAUUUUGGUUAGGUAUUGGGUAUGGUUUUUGAGGGAACUAGUAUAGGGGAGUGCAAGACAGUAUUUAUCGUUUCAAUUCCAAACGAAUACGAAAGAAAAAGAGUCACGUGCGCAUUCAAAUUCAAAAGGGAUUUUAAGAAAUCGUUUUGUUGGAAUCUUAAAGUAAUGAUGACAUAAUUUCUUCGAGGCCAGGUCUAAAACAAGGUUGCGCAAGAUGAAAUUUUGUGAACUGAAAGUACUGCCCCUCACUGCCCCUGCCUCUGGCUCACAUGUUAUUUAGCGAUGUUAUUUCUUCGUCUUGCUCUUUUACAAAUGGAUAGCAGGUGGAUGAGGAAUAAUAAUGUUACUACGCUUCUCUUCGAUUCAAAACCAACUUUCAUUCAUUGUCACUUUGGAGAUUUUGGAUGUGGAGAUGGGGCAUGGACGCCGGUCAUGAAGAUAGACGGCAACAAAGUAAGCUAACGUUGUCAGUGUACAAGCUUUUCAAGUUUGUUCUCAGUUGAAAAAGACUGGCCUUUUUUCUCAACUGCAUUAAUUUAAGGCGCAAAAUAUCUCUCCCAUAAUAAGCCCACUCGAAGACAAUCCCAUAAAAUACAUACGCCUCGGACGGCUUUUGGGGAAUUUUAUGACAUAUUAACCGUCAUUAGCCAGGACAGUUCGCCGCUCAGCUGAACUGACAUCUACCAAUAUAAUAGUCUCAGACAAAUUAUAUAUUAAUGGUCACUACUCUUUUUCUUUAAAAGCAAACUUUUCGCUACACAUCCGCUCUCUGGAGCAACAAAGAAACCUUUAACCUCGACGGCGGAAAGACUGGGUUUGACAGCCAAGAGUCUAAAUUACCAUCUUACUGGAAAACAGCGUUCUCUAAAAUCUGCCUCGGUAUGAAAAUCGGCCAGCAGAUCAAGUUUAUUGUCAUCAACCAGCAGGCGAACUCCUUGUACUCUCUGAUCGCUGAUGGGCAAUACCGCAGCACCUCACUGGGUCGUGACACGUGGAAGUCGCUGAUUGGCUCUGAGGUCUCCUUGCAGUUCAGCUGUAACAAGGAAGGAUUCAAUGCCAUAUCUACUUUGGAACAAAGUUCCAGGGCAAGAAUCGGUAUUCUGGGAAAUAAUGAACUUGACGAAUGUGAUUCCUGCGAUUCUAGAAUCGGGUUUGGUACUGAAGGAUAUCCCAUUAAUCACAACACGUGUGGAAACGUGGGACAUAACACAGGUGGUAAUGGUGAGAAGGACAUUAGAACCAUGGGUUAUAUCUUAGUGCAAUGA